CUCGAACAUACUAAAAUCCGGCUAGACUCAAAUCGUUUGCCUUGCCCAACAUUAAAUUUUCCACUUGUAAAAGUGAUGAAUGAAUUUGAAUUUGCGAUUUAUGUCGCGUUGGCUCUACUACCAUGUUAUGUUAGAGAUCAUUUCAAUCAAAAACUUAAAUGAUGGUUGAAACCCUUGAUCGGAUUGUAUCAAACUCCCGCUUUCAGUUUCAAAAGAGAAAACUCACGUUAACACGUUAAUCAAGCAGAAUUUAUCUUCUUUCAUGGAAGUUUGGCGCCUUUUCUCCAUUGAUAACCUCUCUAUCACCAUCUCGAAGCCGCAACACUGAAGCCUUAAUACUCAUUCUCUUCUUCCGAUCAACGUUGAUAGCAGCUCUUAAUUGCAACUGUAGCUCCAGUAUCUGAUUUUUGUAGUCAUAGAUUGGAAAGAGCUCAUCUGGCUAAGGAGGUUAUUUAUUGUGCACAGAGGCAACUGCAGCUGGCUGUAACUGGCAACAUACCCGCAUUCGUAAGUGUUGUUUUUUUAAAGAAUGGUUUGUUGGUUCAUUGAAGAGAGUUCUAUCAUUUGUUCACUAAACCAUUUUACUUCAACCAAUAAUGUCAAAGAGAUCAAAAGAUUUCAUGGUCAAUUACUUCGAAGGGGCUUGCUUUUCAGUUCCCUUAACAUUCUUACUAAACUUAUGUAUUCAUGCAUAACUGUGGCAUCCAACAAAAAGACCCACCAAACUCUUACCAACUUCUUCUUUUCUGUAAGCUCUCAAAACCCACUGCCCUUUAACAUAUUACUCGCUGAUUUUAGUAAAAGUGGAUUCUCUUACUUGGCUCUUAGGACAUUCUCUUUGAUGCACAUUCAUGGUGUUCCACUGGAUUCUUAUUCCCUAUGUAGUGCUUUAACUGCUGCUUCAAGUGCCAAGACUGUUAAUUUUGGUAAGCAGAUGCAUACAUAUAUAAUGAAGGCAGGUUGGUCCAGAAGUGUAUUUGUGGGUAGUGCUGUUGUUGGUCUGUAUUCUAGAUCACUAUUCAUCGAUGAUGCGGAAAUGGCCUUUUAUGAAAUUCCAAUGAAAAAUUCUGUUUGCGCGAAUGCGCUUUUAGCAGGCUAUAGUGAGGCUAAGUUGUGGAUUAGGGGAAUUGAACUGUUCAGAAAGAUGCCUCUGCUGAAUCUGAAGUAUGAUCACUUCACUUUGACAGCAGCUUUAUGUGCAUGUGCAGGGCUGUCUGCUAUUGGCUUGGGUAAACAAGUCCAUGCCUAUGUGCUCCGUGUAACUUCUGGCAUAGAUACUGACGUGGUCCUCUUAAGUUCAUUAAUUGAAAUGUAUGGGAGAUGUGGGUUAGUGAGCAAGGCUGUACAAGUUUUUAACCUAUCUGGACUUGAAUUAGGUGUGAAGGAAAAGAGAGAUGUUGUUUUAUGGACUUCUAUGUUAGGGUCAUAUGGUAGAAGUGGGCAUUAUAUACAAGUAAUUUCUCUGUAUCAGGACAUGUUGGUUGAAAGAGUGAGGCCAGACGGGGUAGCCUUUGUGUCUGUUAUAUCAGCCUGUGCUAACACUGGCCAAGUUGAUCUUGGUCUCUCUUAUUUUGAGUCCAUGAUCCAUGACUUCGCACUAGAUCCUGGCCCUGAGCACUUCAGCUGUGUAGUUGACAUGCUUUGCAAGGCUGGUGAUUUGGAAAAGGCUUGGAAGCUAAUGAGUCAGAUGGCCGGAAAAGGGCUCGUCAUUUAUGUCUCAUUAUGGGGAUCCUUGCUUAAUGCUUGUAAGGAACAUGGAAAUGUUAAUUUGGCCAGGAUGGCCGCUAAGAAGGCCCUUGAAUUGGAGCCUAAAAAUGCUGGGGUUCUUGCUUUAUUGUCAAACUUGUAUGCUCAGUUCAACAUGUGGGAUGAGAUUGAACACUUAAGUAAUUUGAUGAAAGAGCAAGGGAUAAAGAAAGAUGCUGGAUGUAGUUGGAUAGAGGUAACAAGUUAAAGCAGGAUUACAAAGUGGAGUUAACUUGUUUGGACAGAUUUUUGGGGAAAUCAGUCAAAGGGCAAAGUGCAGACUGUUGAGGAAAUGUGUCAACGCAAGUUAAUGAAUUUAGAAUUAUAUCAAUUAUAGCAGCUGUUGUUUACCUGAUAAAGGGAAGAACUUCAGGUCAUUGAUGCUCUCAAGACAGAAAAAGGAAUUGAUGUAAAGUAGUAUCCAUUAAUAGCGAAGUUGUAAUAGGAUAUAUAUUGUUUGAGCUGCUGGAUGUGGAUAAUGAAACACCCUUUGUUGAAAUAUAAAUUGUGUUCUUUCUAGUUAGUGAUUGAAGAUGAGAAAGAACCCUUAAGCAGAGAAAGGUGCAAAUUGUGUUUUAUCGUCCAUGGGUGCUAGAUAAAUUUAUGUGAAGGCUCUAAAGUAGACAAGUCUAUCUCGUGGAGUUGCUUGGAACUUUAUUAUCCUUUCUAUUGCUUUGGUCUGAUAUGUGUAUCUGUAUAUCCUAUUCUCUCUAUUGUUGAUUGAAAUUAAUUCAAACCCUUGUCAUGUCCAUAACUCUGCUGCAAUGAGUAAUUGCAAUUCAGAAAUUAUCCAUAUGCAAGACAUGCUGUAGGGGGAGUAGAGAAGCUCACAUACAUCACCAAUUCACCAUAGAACAGUUGUACGAUUUGUAUGAUGCUAUCAAGAUGGAAUCCUGCUAUUUUAGAGUAUAGCAGUUGAUUGUUUUCUUUUUAUUAGAGCACUUAGCCAGUCAGGUGUUUUUGUUUCUUGAAUGAUAAAAUCCAAAAGUAGGAAGUAGGAACCCAUGUUACCUUCGGUCUCAAUUGAUCAGCAAGUGAUGCAUUUACGCUCUCUCAAUCCCAAUUUUGCUCUCUGCCUUAGAGAGAGAGAGAGAGAGAGGAGAAGUAAUGCAGUAUGUAAUCAUCUCAUUCAGAAGGUUCAUUAGAGGAAAGUGAGAGCUGAAAUCUGCGGCAGCUUGCACCAGGUCUAAUAAAGAAUUGCAGAUGCUGCUGUAGAACUUGUGUCUAUACAAUUUUUUGACAUGGAACAGAACUCUAGCCGCAUCAAUGAUAUACUCACAUUGACAAACUAUGAAGACAGCGGAAUCUUGUCAAGGAGCAUCAGGAACAUCUUCAAGCCUUCAACGAGUUCAACCACUAUGUUGAGCUUUAGAGAUUUUAAUCUCUCAGCAGCUUUGCAUGUGCUUACGGUUUUGCAGACGUGAUCUUGUCAUUCAUCUGAAAGUGACUAUAAACAGGAAGAAGAACCUCUUUUGAUUCAGACCCAAUGAACGUGGGACACUCAGAAAGAAAUGAGUAAAAGCUGGGAAAGAGAUGGAUAUGCUCCAACUUGUACGUAGACUAUACCCUUCCUUUCUUAUUUUGUGAAACUUGACUUAAGUUAUGCCACUUUGAAUGUGCUUCAUAUGCGAAUUUAUGAUGCAUUGGUUGUGUAGUAAGAAAGAGGUAAAGAAGUAAAUAUCUUUAAUUCUUUAUGAUAGAAAUUCAACAUGAUAGGCUCUUUACAAGAAUCAUCUCUGAUCAUAAUAUUAAAUUUGAAUCUAAUAUUAAAAUGCUGAGAAUUAGAAGCAUUAAAUUUCCAGCAAUAUAGUCCAUCUUUGUAGUAAAAAGAAGGGAUCAUAGAUGAUGAUAGGUCGAUAAAAGCUUCAUCCCUUUGCUAUUUUCAAUCUGUCUCACUGAGUUGUAGCUUUUUAUGUUUGGGGGCUAUGAUUAUGAUAUUUCAGACUCUUGUUUUUUCACUCUCGUCGAUUUUCCAAUUGUCGAGCUUUGUUUUCUUUCCUAUAUUUUAAAUUCCGACUUCUAUUUUUGCUGAUGAAUCUAUGUUUCUGUGGAUGAUAUUAGUUUAGGGCCUUAAAAUUUUAUUUUCGGAAACAAACUUAUUUGCAGGCAACUGUUUUAGUUCAUUGUCAAUGCAUUAUAUUUUGUUGAAGGAGCCCACUUGAUAAAACAAAAUGUAAAAAGGGAUUGUUGAACUUGAAAGUGAUGAUUCAGUUGGAGUAUUGUUGGUUGUGUUCUUUUGAUUCUGUGAAAGGUUAAACCUUGAAUAAAUGCAGUAUUUAUUCUAAUUUCUAUCACAUUAAUUUCUUUUUCAUCCAUCUUCUCUUAGUUUUUUCCACAACCACAUGUGAAAGAUAACCAUUAUAGCUUGAAUGCAUAAAUCAUUGUCUGACCCAAUAACAAAAUAGGUCCCCUUUCUCUUACAUUAUUACCUUGCUUGAACAUGGAAGAGUUUAGAAAUUGGGUUUAACAGCUGGAAUGUUUCCUGUAAUUAAAUAGUGUGGAAUGAUAAAACCAACAUAUAAGGCACAUUACAUCCCAAGAUAUUUUUUUUUUUCUUUUUUUAUUUUUACCAUAAAAGGCGCAAAAGCUAGUACAAAUGUACAAUGUUUACUAUUAUGGGUGAUAAUAUAGUGAAACCUGAGAAUCUGAGAUUUAAUGUGCCUACUACUUUAAUUUUUGUCAUUGGGUGAGACUCUCAUUGGUGUUUGAGGCCUUAGGUAACCUGUGCCAAGCUUUGGUUUAGGUAGAAGUGUAGAACCAUAGAGAUCUACGGAGUAAUUGGUUUUUCUUAUCACUCUAAUUUCUUCUUCAAAGAUACAUGUAUGAUAUUUUUGGUUCUUACUUGAUUUUUUAGUUAGCACUUUGAUGGUCAGAUUUGAAGUAGUUUACACAUUGAGAUUUGAGACACAUUCUUUUAACUCUUCCUGCCAUCUCUUUCAACCAACAUUAGUUGUCACCAACAAAAAAUCAAUAUAUCCUCAAGUAAAGAACACAAACUAUAUCACAUUAGAUUUCUUCCUUAUUCUACCCCCUGCAACUGCAAGUUAAGGUAGUGUACGUAUAACUCCUUAAGCGCGCCGUACAUCAACUAACAGUUUGAUUUUUGUUGGUGUACGUCUUUAUCUACCAACACCCCAAUGUGAUAAUGUCUGAAUAAGAUCAAAUCCGUAAUCGGAUUUUUGAUUCACUUAGCCAAAUUAUUAACUUACAUCAGUGUGCAGGACCAGCUAGCAAAGAAGCAAAAAGCUAGUUGUGAUUAGCUGGUCCCUUUCUUCCCUCCUUUACUCUCAGUCUCAGUUUUUUAUUUUCUUCCCCCUUUUAAUGUUCAACCACAAAUAUUGUCUCUAACUCACAUUCAUACUUCCUUCCAAAAUUAAAUUCCCUCUGUUUAGACUCUCCUCAGCCUCUUCCUCUGAAGAAUAUCUUUCUGUUCAAAUCUCCUCCUCACAUAGGAUAAAUGAUAUCCCAUCAUUUAUGUCAUUAAUGCUUGUAUACUUUUUUAUAUUAAUUAUAAUUUUAAUAUUUAUUUUCCGAGUCAUUUAUAUAAUUAUGGCAUAUGCCAUAUUGUCCCCUUUUCCAACUCUUAUAUGACUUCAUAUUGCCUGGAGUUUACAUAAUAUGUGAUGAUUGCUUAAGAACAAUGAAAUGUGAGUGAAAUAAGGGGAUCCAUUACUUUUGUUCUUUGAUGUUGGAUAUUUUCUUUAAUGAAGUUGAUCAUUGUGUUGUAUUCUUGCCAUAUAAUUAUUUUAAUUUUAAGGAUGUUGAUGUUAUUUCUUUGUCAUGCUACAUACGAGUAGCUAUGCAUGCACCUUCUAAUUUUAUGAAAUCUAUACCUAAUUACCUAGAUUUUCCCUUUAAUAUAAAUGAAUCUAUUCUUUUACACACAAACAUGCUGAGCCUACCUUCUCUUAGAGAAUCAACCAGACCCAAUCAUACCCAACUCCACCCCCCCCCCCCCCCCAAAAAAAAAAAAAAA